CGGGAGGGCGGAUUCCCUUGAAGAGGCUCUGGGAGGCGGGACGAGGGGAAGUGGGCGGAUCUCCGCACACCCCGGCGGAAGAGGCAGAUUCAGGAAGCCAUUACGCAGCUGGCUGGCAGGGGCUGAGCCGGUCGGGGCUGGGCCCUACGCACUUUGCGUAGCGAGGGGGGUUACCAAAGGCCUGGUGCUUGGCCUUGGGCAAGCCCGGCCUAUCCCCCGUAGAGGGGGGGUGGGUGAGGAGCGAGGCUGAGGAAGAAGAGAAGGGGAAUUGGGGCCGUUAGGGGAUUAUAAUUUCUUUAAAAAGCAGGGUUGGGAGAGGUCAUGGCCGUCCCAGCCAAGAAGAGGAAGAUGAACUUCUCUGAGCGAGAGGUGGAGAUCAUCGUGGAGGAGUUGGAACUGAAGAAGCACCUGCUGGUGAACCACUUCAACGCUGGGGUCCCUCUGGCUGCAAAGAGCGCGGCGUGGCACAGCAUCCUGAGAAGGGUCAACGCCGUGGCCACCUGCCGCAGGGAGCUGCCUGAGGUCAAGAAGAAGUGGUCUGACCUUAAGACCGAGGUCCGUCGGAAGGUUGCCCAGGUCCGGGCGGCCGUGGAGGGUGGUGAGGCCCCAGGGCCCACUGAGGAAGACGGAGCUGGUGGGCCUGGGACAGGUGGGGGUAGUGGCGGCGGUGGCCCUGCUGUAGCCCCAGUACUGCUCACCCCCAUGCAACAGCGCAUCUGCAACCUGCUGGGCGAGGCCACCAUCAUCAGCCUGCCCAGCACCACAGAGAUCCACCCCGUGGCCCUUGGACCCACGGCCACUGCAGCCGCAGCCACGGUCACCCUGACACAGAUCCCCGCAGAGACCACCUAUCACACGCUGGAGGAGGGAGUGGUAGAGUACUGCACGGCCGAGGCCCCCCCGCCCCUGCCAGCCGAGGCCCCAGUGGAGAUGAUGACCCAGCACACGGACGCCUCGGUCAAGCCACAGGCGCUCAAGAGCCGCAUAGCCCUCAACUCAGCCAAGCUGAUCCAGGAGCAGCGGGUCACCAACCUACACGUGAAGGAGAUUGCCCAGCACCUGGAGCAGCAGAACGACCUGCUGCAGAUGAUCCGCCGCUCCCAGGAGGUGCAGGCCUGCGCCCAGGAGCGCCAGGCUCAGGCCAUGGAGGGUACCCAGGCAGCCCUGAGCGUCCUCAUCCAGGUCCUCCGGCCCAUGAUCAAGGAUUUCCGCCGCUACCUGCAGAGCAACAUGCCUAACCCCGCCUCUGCCUCUGACCCUGGACAAGUGGCCCAGAAUGGGCAGCCAGACAGCAUCAUCCAGUGAGGGCCGGGGGUCGAGCCAACCUUCCGCUGUGAUUGGAUGACACCGCCAUGGUCUUGUAAGUGGGCUGUGCGAUUGGCCUUAGGCUAGGGCCGGCCAUGUGGACAACUCCCAAUGUGAGAGACAUUUAGGGGUCCACUGUUUCUGAGAAAUGAAGAAGAAAUUGUUGGGUUCCUGGGACCCCAACUCUCUUACCCCCACCCCUGGAACUGUCCUGCUAACAACCUGAAGAUUGGGUAGGUGGGGGUCAGGCGCUGGUGAUGGGGCCCACGUUGUCAUGAGCCAGGGCUUGUGACAUGACCCAGACUCAGACCAGAACAACUACAGGGAAGGCCGUCACUGGGGGCCGUCUCACAGCCGAGGGUCUGUGCUGAGAUACCCGCUGCCCCACCCAGGUGCCGUCCUUUCAGUAAGAUGUCCGUGGUGCUGGCAGUGGCACUUCUUCCUCCCUUGGGAGGCAGGGUGACUGGUGGGCCUGAGGAGGAAACCCCACCCUUAUCUCCUUCUCACUGUGCCUCAGUUCUCAGGGGACUCUAGUUAAUGCCAUGCUCUCCCCCAACCCCACCACACCCAGGCACAGCUGGGUGAGCUGCCCCUGCUGUGCACCCAGGCUGUGGCCUGCCGCAGUGCCGGGUGCGGUGGGGACAGCUUGGCCGCCAUCUGGUCUUCCACUGCGUCCUUGGGCAGCCCUUUGGUGGUUUGUCCCGACAGCUUUGACUCAGGUCAAGCAUCAGGCUUUGGGUGCUGUAAAUGUUACUUCCUGCCCCACUGCAGUGGGUCUGAGGCUUCUUCCAGAAGGCUUCCUGGAAGCCAGUUGUAUUUAUUCUGUACAUGGACCCCUCUGGGAAGACCUCUAGGACCUCUGAGGGCAGCUCGGACCCCACCCUUCCUCCUUUCCUCUUUACUGACUGUGCGUUUCCAAAACUCAGUGCAGAAAAAAGCCUGCCCAGUAUCGUAUCACAUCCUGGACUCCUUUCUCACAUCAUUCAGCGCCUCAUGCUUUUGCGAGACCCUCACUGAUGGGUUGGGUGAAUCUGGAGGCCUGAUUGGCCCUGAAUGUGCAGCGUGGGAGAGUUGAAGCUGACCUAAGAAGUGAGAUCUUGGACUUCUGUGCUCGGGGAAGAGCAGACCAACCUCAGAGUGCUGAAGGAGGUGGCAUUCCCGGUUCUGUUCUGAUGCUUUCUCCCCAUUUGUACAGACUUUACCCGGAUGGCAUUUGUCUGUUUCAUUUUCAGAAUCACCAUCGAGACCCUUGCAUCUUCCCCAGUCAUUUCCCAAGUUUGCCAUUUUGUUGCCAAUGCCUUGGCUACACGUGACCGAUAGUUACAACUCGAGGCUCCAGAUCUCAGCUAAAUAAUGAAGGUGCUGCCCUUCUGGGCACGUUUAGAAUCGCUCAGCUCCACUGUCGCAAUUACGGGAAGAUGCCCCCAAAGACGAUUGAGCAGUGACUUCUACACCACCAACCUCUCUGUGGGGGACGUGUGCAGUGCCAGCUACAGGGCAAUGGAGAGGAAUCAGGCUGGUGAGGGAGUUGGGUGGCAGCCUGUCUAGAAAGCGGCGGCCCCUGGCAGCCUGGGCACCCACCCUCCAUGGAGUCUGCUGGCUCCGGCAGAGAAGCUUCAGGGACUCCCUGAGGGUUUGCAGCUUGGUUUGGUUACGUUCUGGGAUUGGCAAUCUGAACCAAUGUUGUGUCUGUUCCAAUUGGGUAUAAAGAGGAGGUUUAGAUCACUUAAACUGACUGGUUCUUUCCAGGUCAUAAUUUUAAAUUAAAGAAAUACCACUUUUUAAAAAAAAUACACAUAUCUGUGUCUUCACUGGUUAUAUAUGGAAGAGGUAUGGGCUUGCCAAGAGCAAGGGCCGGCACACUAUGUCGCACAGGUCAAAUCUGGCCCCCCACCUGUCUUCGUAAAUAAAGUUUUAUUGGAACACAGCCAUACCCCUUCAUUUACUUAAUGUCUGGUUGCUUUUCUGCUACAACAGCAGAGUUGAGUAGUUGGGACAGAGACGUCUGGGCCAUGAGCCAACAGUAUUUACUCUCUGGUCCUUUCCAGAAAAGCCUGCCCAUCCCUGGUUUAGGGCAGUGCUUCAGACUCUGGAUGAGCAUUACUUCGGGGUGUUUGUUAUAUAUAACCAAUUCCUGGCCUCAUGCAAAACCUAGAAGAGACUCCUGGAGGGAGAGCUCUAAGAAUAUGCAUUGUAAACAAGUUCUCUGGGUGAUUCUCAUUUUUCUGAAGAUUAAGAACUUUGGCUCAGAGGCUAGACUUAAACUCAGCUGGAAUCGGGAUAAUGCCCCCAGGGAGUGCUGGUUCUAGGAGUUUCUUCUGAACAGUUGAGAAGUCCUGCCAAGCAGAGAUUCUCACUUAAGAUGGGCCUUCAUUCCGGAGGGAGCCCAGCCUUUCUGGACAUGGUUAUCACUCUCCAGUAUUUAGUGAUAAUAAAACUGACAAUUAUUGAGCCCCUACUCUGGCCUUAUAAACAUUACCUUACUGACUUCUUGCAACAGCCCCAUGAAUUAGGUACUAAUGCUGUUUUCAGUUUACAGUUUACACUGAGGAUCAGAGAGGUUAAACAACGUGCCUGAAGUCACACAGCUACAUUAUCCCCUGGAGUGUCCCAUAUUUUUAAAUUGCUGUUCUGAACUCUUUUCUGUUUUUUAAACACCUUUGUUAUGGUGUGAUUCCUGUACAGUAAACUACACA